UUGGGAGUAUAUACUGUAAUGUUUAUUAUUGUUUUAUAGCAUAAUUUUAAAAUAUCACUUGUAGUAACGUAUCCGCACUAACGAUAUUCUGAUUUGAUACUUGGUGGAACAAAAUGUCGACAACAGAUCUGGCUGCAAAACAGAAAAACAGAGACUAUGACUACAUUUUCAAAAUUGUUAUUGUCGGCGACUCGGGUGUCGGAAAAAGUCAACUUUUGUCGCGAUUUGCUCGGAACGAGUUUUCAUUAGAAUGCCGAAAUACCAUCGGAGUUGAAUUCGCCACCAAAGUUAUGGAAGUUGACGGAAGACUCAUAUGUGCUCAGGUGUGGGACACAGCAGGACAAGAACGAUAUAGAGCAAUUACUGGAGCCUAUUAUCGGGGAGCCGUUGGUGCCAUGAUUGUGUAUGACAUAGCAAAGCUUUCUACAUAUGACAGUGUUCCAAAAUGGUUAGAAGAGGUCAAGCGUUAUACAAAUAGUGGUGGAUCCAAACCCUCUUUCGUCAACACUGGUUCCGGCCUUGACAACCCAGCACUCAAACACGAAUCUAACGACGCUUCAGCAAUUACCACAAUGUUGGUCGGGAAUAAAUUAGAUCUGCGGCAUUUGCGAUCGGUGCCAACUGUAGAUGCACAGAAGUGGUCUCGUGGUGAGCGUGUUUUCUUCACUGAGACAUCCGCUCUUGAUGCCACAAAUGUCGAAAAAGCAUUUACAAUGAUUGUAAGAGAGAUCUAUGAUCAAGUGCGGCAAAGAGAAUUACAACAAGUCGUCAAUAGUGGCGCUGGACUUGAAUGCGGUUCCCAAGCACUGAAAGUUGGUAAAUCAGCAACUCCAGUCAACACCACUACGGUGAAAGAUCACCAGCCAAAUUCUAAGGUUCGAAAGGCGUCUAUGAUUGCAAAUGAAUGUAAAGAGGAAGUUAAAGGCUGGUGUAACACAUUCUGCUGUUGAUCUUUUGCCUCGAAAUACAUAUUAUUCAGUUAUUGUUGCAGAAUUCCAUCAAUGACUCCUAACGUCGAAUACGAGUUUUUGAAACAACAGCCCUGAUCUACUACAUCAAUCAAUGUUCAACAGUUUUACAACUGAAUAGAAUGCCGCACCUUUAAUUUUGAGUAUAAAGCAAUAUCUGGGACUAAAUCUAAAAUCGUGAACUUUUGUAGUAUACCAUGCAUGUGGACCCUAUUUUUUCAAGCCUGAACAAAAGAUGAGCUCAACCGGCACAAGCUUUUAGCUAUUACACACACAUUUCUUUUUUUAAAGCCUCUAUACAUAUAUCAUUCUGAAACGUUUUAUUAUGUAUUUUAUGUCAAGGAUUUAUCAUCCGCGGUGCCACCGUAUCAUUUUCUGUUUUCUUAUUUUUACUUUUGUAUGUUUUGUCGUCAUUAUAAUUUUCAUUCUUCCAUAUGAAAUGUUUUCACUACAUUGUUCACUGUGAUAUUAUUUUCUUAAUUCAUAACACACAAUCAUCAAUUUACUAAUUCACUUUUGCCCGGACGUGGGUCCUCAGGUUUAGUCCUGCAUCCAUACAUGAUAACACUAUAUAUUUAUUGUUUCCAUUCAUUUUUUGUAACAUUAUCGUCUAUCAUUCCAUGACUUUUCAAUAAAAUUGUUGCUACUAAGUUGUAUUUCGUACAUGUGUCGUAUUCGUACGAUAUAUAUAUACAUAUGUUCAUGGUGUAAAAAGGCUUGCCACGAAAAUAUCGGUAUAAUAUAGCAAUAUAAGUUAACGUUAUGUAA